GCGAUACCAGUUGUGCCCCGGACAGAAUGUUGCCUGGGCUGUUGUGUCUGUAGAAAACACUGGUGCUUGAUAUCAAUGAGCUCGGCACAUGAGAGUGCAAUCUGGACUAGGGCCAGCUCGUAAAGCAGUAACGGCGAUUCUAUUAUAAUUAAAAAUGCAUGUAUCCGAAAAUAUAUAAAACAAUAUUAACAAUCACAACGACCCAAUUUUUUUUGGCUACCAUCAAAUAUAUUCGAGCGUCAAGCAAGAAGGAUAGCAACGGGAUAGUUCGAAAAAUAACUAGCGAUUACAUUUUUGUAUCCCGUGUGUUCAUAUGCGAAUUCUCUGGUGUUGACGGCCGCGCAGAGCUAUGAUUUUAACUGCUGUUUAAAUGGUGCUGCUGUGGGCUCGCUGGAGAGGAAAAGCCUUGGGUCUUUGCAGGCCCAUGCGUUAAAUAACGAUUUCGGUAGUGCUGCCGUCGUCUGAGGAGAAGAGAGAAAUGUGAACAAAACUCCACAGUUGUUGCAUGUUCACCCUCUGAAUGGAUUGCAGGGCUCUGGUUGCGGCAGUGUAUAUGUGAAAUGAGGGAGAUUGCCAAAUUGGGGGGGAGGUCGUGGUAGAUUAAAAAAAAAAAAAAAAAAAGAAAGGGAACCCCCCCCCCCUGGUUAUCAAUAUUAUUGCUAGUUUGUUUCUCCCCCGCCUCGUUUAAAGCCGCGCUGCUUUGGCUGAGAUAUGGAUAAACUGACUAUCAUUUCAGGAUGUCUGUUCCUGGCUGCUGAUAUAUUCGCCAUCGCCAGCAUUGCAAAUCCGGACUGGAUCAACACGGGGGAAUCUGCAGGUGCACUCACUGUGGGCCUGGUUCGUCAGUGUCAGACUCUCCACGGACGUGACCGGACGUGCAUCCCGCCCCGGCUUCCCCCAGAAUGGGUCACAACACUUUUUUUUAUCAUCAUGGGGAUCAUAUCAUUGACUGUCACAUGUGGCUUGCUCGUGGCUUCACAUUGGCGAAGGGAAGCCACAAAAUAUGCCCGUUGGAUAGCAUUCACUGGAAUGAUCCUCUUCUGCAUGGCAGCCCUUAUAUUUCCAAUAGGAUUUUACAUCAAUGAAGUGGGAGGACAGCCAUAUAAGUUACCAAACAACACUGUAGUUGGGUCUUCAUAUGUACUGUUUGUCUUAUCCAUAUUCUUCACAAUAGUGGGGCUACUGUUUGCUGGGAAAGUCUGCUUGCCUGGCUGACAUCCUGCAAUCCUCCUUCCCCUUUGUGAACUUGACGUCAAAACAAAUUGCAUCCUGCAGUUGGGUACUUGAAGAAAAAUAAAUAAAUAAAUAAAAGGGACUAAUAAUAAGCUAUCUGCGCAAAGAGAUUUUUUUUUUUUUUUUUUUUAAAACUUGUUCUCACUGUGCACUUUGAAUGGAGAAUUAAAGAGCCUUUUCCACAAACUAACAGCAGGAUGGCAGCAUCUGAACCCACUGAAGCAGCUGCGUCUGCACUGUGACACUAAACUGUUUGGAAAGACUGUUUCACUCGAGAAAAACGUUGCCCUUUACUGUACCUGUUGCUGUUUAGUGACGAUUAUUGUUGUUGUUUUGUUUUUUUUAUUAUUAUUCCUUUAUGAACAGUGGACUUUCAAAAUGCAAAAGUAUUUAAAAACGAAACAAAAGAAAACUGUGCUAGGCCAGAGGAUUGCAGGACAAGCCUGAGUGGGGCUGGCCUCAUUCUUGAGAAGGUUAGCGUGCUGUGAAAAAUCAUUUCAUCAUUUUUUUUUUUUUUUUUAAUGGUUGGAUACAUCUUAUGUUGUAUAUACAUACAAUACUAGAAAUAUUCUGGUUGCUUUGCUAGGGUAUGCAUUUUGGCAUGUGCAAACAUAAUAGGCCUUGCGUAGAAAAGCCAUUAUUCCGAAGAUGUUGAUGUUACCUCAUUCUUUGUAGUAGCCACAAACUCUUAACAGCAGGUACCCCACAAUCUGAUACCCUUCCUCUGUGCAAUUUUAGGUUCAAGUAAAAUAUCCUCUGUACGACAACUUAUUUGUAUAUGAAGAGCGAUUUUGUCAUUUUAAUGUUUGCUCCAGAAAUAUGAAGCUGAUGCCAUUAUGUCUGAACAUCUUGACCCCUUUGGUGCCUCUGUAUGUUCUAGCUGCAUCCAGUUACAAAUUGGCUAUUUAAAAAAAAAAAAAAAAAAAAAAAAAAAAAAGUUAUUAACCCACUAACCUUUAUUUGCUUGGAAAAGCCCACUGGGAAGUUAUAAUAAAUGGCCUCGUUUCUGGUGUUGACCUUCUAAUAUAUUAUAAAUGUUAUGGAACAAAAAGAUGAGGGAAAAUUCCAGGAAUGGACCGCCGUCAGACCCAACCAAGCACUCGAUUAAUCCUACAAAUUUCUGCCACUCAAAACAUGCAGAUGUGUAUUCUGUUCUGUGUUUUCCAAAUUUUAAAAAGUAGUUUUCAAAUUCAGCCUGAUUUUCUUUGCUACAGAGCAGCAACGACAACAGACAACACCUGUCUAAAUUCUGUACGUUGCAAUGUACUUUUUCUGAAGGCUGGAGGAAAGUUAUACAGCACCCUCAAUAAUAAUAUGGUAUUAUAUUUAAAUCACAAAUAGUAUCUACUUUGAGGGGAUAUUUCAAAACAAACAUUGCAUUAAACAAGCUGAAAUAGCCAGAAAAUUAACAUAGAACAGGUACUGCAGCCUAAAUCCCAUCUGAUCUCUCUGUACCUGAAGAAACAGGGCUGUGUGUUUCUUGUUGCUGUAGCCCACUGUGUUUGCAGGCUGUUCAGCUAGACUGAAUACAACUUGGCAAACGUGCAAGCCUUCAUUGUUUUCAUUGGCAUAGAUCACCGCACUUCGGGAAAGCGUUUUCCUAACAGUGCCAGGAGCUACCAUUAAUAAUGACGGUUUAUUUUAAUAUAUAUUUUUGGUUCGUAAUAUCAUUAUUACUGGAUUAUAACCAAUAAGCAAGUACUGUACAGGCUUCUAACUUGCUAAAUUCUGCUGCCGACUGUGUAAGCAUGCCCUAUGCGUAGAUGUAUAGCACAAUGUAAUCGCCGAACCUUUACAAAAGUGGGACAAGAAAUAUGGUAUGCAUCUGCAAUUGAAAAGAAAUUACGUUUUCUCCAAACAGUUUGUCACAGCUUUUCUUUUUUAUAUAUUUACAUUAAGUGCAAUGACUUUUUUUUUUUUUUUUUUUUUUUUUUUUUUUUUUUUUCAGUUAAAAAAAAAAAUAAUUGGGAGUUUGUUUUUUGGAACCUGUAUGUUUGUCUUAAUUUUUUAUUUAAUCUUAAUACCUGAAAUAUUGAAGGAUACUGUUACUGGUUUUUAUUGGUUUUUGGAAAUAUACUUGGCUGCCCGUAUAUAA